GCUCGGGUCGCUAUCUGUGUAGCACCGGUUGUGCCCAUGCGUAAACAAGGAGCUGGAUAACUUGUAUAAUAAGAAACGUUGUUACAUGUAAUGUGUCGUACUUUAUUUAAGAUUUGUAAACAACAACAAAAAAGGGCAAACAACAGAAAAUGGCGUCUUCAGCGUUGCAAAGUGACAGCGAUGACGGCAUGGACGAAUUCAUGGACAAAUUCAAGACCCAGAGAUAUAAACAUGGCUUCAGUGAAGACAGCUGGGAAGAGGAGUUUAAUAAAAUACCCAUGUUCAUGAAAACAGCACCUGAAGAGAUUGACCCACAAAAAUACCCCGAGCUAGCUUGUCUCCAGGCCAUUAUCCACGAUGAAGACAGGCCCCCGGAGGAGCAGGCACAGAGCCUGAAAAAUGAGGGGAAUGCGUUUUUCAAAGAGAAGAACUACCAAAAGGCCAUACAGUCCUACACAGCAGGUCUGAAGAAGAAAUGUGGAGACCAGGAGCUCAGCACUGUUCUUCUCACCAACCGGGCUGCAGCACACUUUUAUCUGGGUAACAUUCGCUCUGCACUGAAUGAUGCUGCUGCAGCAAGGAAGAUCAAACCUGAUCACCUCAAAGCCAUGAUCAGAGGAGCCCAGUGUUGUAUAGAGCUGCGUAACUUCUCAGAGGCCAUCCAGUGGUGUGACGAUGGCCUUAAAGCACAUCCCACCGACAAGAAACUGCAGGAGCUCAGAGCUGCUGCAGAUAAACACAAGAGAGCUGCAGAGAGAGAUGCCAGGAAAGCCAAGGCCAAAGAAAAAAAGUUGCACGGUGAGAAAGAAGCUAUUCUGGCUGCUAUAAAGGAACGAGGUAUCAAGCUUCUUCAGCCUGCAAAGCCUCGUCAGUGUGGAUCAGACAAUGAGGAUGAGGAUGAAGGCUCCUCUGCAGCGAUUUCACAGCUGAGCCUGGAUGGCCUCAGCUCCCAGGAGGCCACAGGGGCUCGAGUCUUCUUGGACGAGCAGGGCUCUCUGCACUGGCCUGUUCUCUUCCUGUAUCCUGAACACCAACAGAGUGAUUUCAUCUCGGCUUUCUGUGAGAGCAACUGUUUCGUGGACCACCUGGCAGUCAUGUUUGGAGAAGAACUCCCACCUUGGGACUCAGACCGAAAAUACCACCCACAAAAUCUGCAGCUCUACUUUGAGGAUGAAGAGAAGGAGACCCUCUACCAAGUAAACCCACAAACGCCACUUUUAAAAGUGCUGCAGCAUAAAAGGUGUUUUGUUAAGGCAGGCAGCCCCAGCUUCAUUGUUCUGGUAAAUGGCUCAGCUUUCAGGAAGCAGUUUUUAGCAGGAAAAACAAUACAAGGAUUGUAAAAAUAAAUGACGGCCUUCAAAUCUUGGAUUUUUAAUACAUAAUACACGAUUCUCAUUUCUACCCCUAAAGACUGACUUUGUCUUUGAAAAAGACGCCAGGGCAAAUAUUUAUCCUGUGCCAAAGAGCUUGGCACACAGUGUGACAACAAAAUGAAUACAAAAUAAAUGGGUUCUUCAUGUG